AGAGAGUUUCCACCAUCUUGGUCAAUCCCAGCUGACGAAGAGCGGAGACGUUUGAAAAUUGAUGGAGCGUUCACGAUUGAUCGUGAGAAUUCCAAAGAUUUAGAUGAUGCACUCUCCAUUGAAAAGCUUCCAGACUCAGGAUUAUAUCGUGUAGGAGUUCACAUCGCUGACGUAAGUUACUUUGUGCAGCCUGAAACUCCUUUGGAUGAAGAGGCUUUACUUCGUUGCUCCUCCUACUACCCUGGGCAUGGCUUUGAAAACGUUCCGAUGCUAACACGCGAGCUGAGUGAAAACCAUUGCAGCCUGCUUCCUGACAGACGCCGUUUGUGUUUGUCAAUUUUUCUUGACAUGUCAGAUGAUGGAAGACUCGUGGGAAACGCUAAAAUACAAGAAACAAUCGUCAGGUCCAACUGUCAGCUCACCUACGCUAAAGCCCAACAAAUUAUUAAUAGUCAAGAUUUCUCAUUUGAGAACCUACCAAAGGAUACAGCCAGUAAGAUCCGCCAGCUUAGUAACCUUGCACAAAAAAUGAGAAAGUGGAGACUUCGAGAAGCUGCCUAUGAUCAUUGGUCAAGCAAAGACGAGCUAGGUAAUUAUGAAGCACAAGAGCUUGUGGAGGAAAUGAUGAUUGCUGCCAAUGAGGAAAUAGCAAAAUUCCUCCAUUCACAACUUGAAAAGAGAGCACCCUUGCGGACCCAGCUUCCACCAAAAAAGCACAGAUUGAGUAGCUGGCUCGAACAAUUCGGGAAAUUUAUAAAGUUUUGUUUGUUUCCUCACGCCGUUUAUUCCAAUGAAGAACUUCAAGAAAUGACAAAGGACGUCGACAUUUCAGGAUUUCCAAAAUUCAGAGUGAAAAAGUCCGUCUGGUUUGAGUUAUGUAGUGCUGCAGAAUCACUAGACAAAGUCAAGCUUCGCCAGUUGGUUUUCAAUGAGAAGCAUCACUCUCAGUUGGCCAUCGCAAAAUCACAAUUUGAGCGUAUUCAACAAAGGGCUCAAUACGUCUGCGAGGAAGAUCUAGGUGAAGCAGAGGGGAAACUUGGCCACUUCUCUCGGAGAAUGGAUCGCUAUACCCACUUCACGUCACCUAUUCGACGAUACAUUGACAUAGUGGCACACAGACUCGUCUUGAAUUUGAUACCUGGGGACCAUCGCACAAAAGAACCCACGAUCGUUCGAGUCGCUGAGAUGUGUCGUCGUUCCACGUUUGCUGUUGCGAAUUCCAAAUACUUCAGGAAGCCGUGUAAAGAAGGCAACUUGGCAGCCAGGCUUAGUGAAAAAAGCCACGAGACAACAGCAGYCGUUUCSAUGRUMGAMGAUGKGAAAAUARGKYURGAAAUUAYARAKCRAGAAUACGACCARGUCRCYAAAAGACAGAGGGWAAUUAAWCURAGCAGYUUAAAACCAUUURRUGCUAAGCRWGGUGRYUYCGAGGAAAUUGURCUKMYYUGGAAGCUGAGACURUAUAUCGCUCCRRARGRAAACAYCGUGGAGRAACUUGAUYGUGAAAAAGCAAAGGUAUCCAUCGUUUUAUCURASGAAUUACCWGAACGUGAAGUCUWUKAYWUKCCAGGAGAAAGKUGGCAAMAACUUUURAAAGCACUUCAAGARGAAAACUAYRRGCKMGUUWCCUCGCUAAUUAAACGGAUGGAKKGUGAUCRGCGAARKCRUYCUCCMUGSCUUACCAGWCWCCGARAWCAGAAWARCCUUCAMAAUKGCGGAAAGCUUAGAUCAAACAUGGAGCAUAGUCACGAGAAACAGCUUUCUCUCAAGACAUAUGAUACCAUAAAGAUUCAAAUGACUGCACAUAUGACACACGGGGUUUUCCACCCAGAAAUUCAACUCUUUAAGAUUACUCCAAGCGUUCAUAUUUGUGUCGAGCACCGCAAAUAUCCAAGGGAAUGUUUUACUACCGCGUCAUGCUUUAAAGUCUCUGGCAAGUAG